ACGCGUAUUAACAGUGAGGAUGGCUUUGAUAUCUAUGGUUCUCUGAUCCUCCUAGUAAUCAUUCGCUAACUGGAACCUGGCUAAAAUUGCGAUCGCUUCGAGAUUCGGGGUUCCUUCAUUCUAACUCGACACUACUCGACGUCAAUUUGGCUAUCGCUUUUGAGUAUCACUCCCCCGCUUGACCUUGCGCUACAGUGUCAUUUUCCAGUUUCGACCAGACGUUCACACACCUGACGUACAUACCCGUGCUGGGUUUGAAGGGUUUGAAGGGUUUGAACGCACCUACUUGUGCGGCUGCUGCUGUCUCUCCCUAGAACUUCUGGAUUCGAGACUGGUCAUUUUCGUAAUCUUGUACGGGAUUCCACUCAUAGAAACGAUCGUCCUUGUCGCUGCCGAUUCCGGUAGACGUUGAAGAGGAACCUUCAUCCUACUUCGGUGUCCCUCCCGACCAGUUUGGCCGAGUUCCCUUUCACGCAGAUCAUCGUCCUGGCGUUUAUCUGAUCGAAUGCGCAGCUAAGAAGAGCUCUUUGACACUUCCAACAGUAUAUAUCUAGCCAACGUAUCGUCUCUUGCCAUGCCUCGUUAGACUCAUUCUGUGGCUUUGACGUAGCACCCCUCUUGACUUCAUCCGACUCUAACUCGAAUCAUUGAUAGAGAAGAAAUAUUAUGGACGUUGACACAGAGGACACGGCGGGUAGCCAACCGCAGCAACAAUUUCAAACUCGAGGCUAUCAACAAGAGCUUCUCGACGAGUCAUUCCGUCGGAACAUCAUCAUCGCGCUGGAUACAGGUUCGGGAAAGACGCACAUUGCCGUGUUGAGGAUGAAGAUGGAAGUUGAGCGUACUACUAACAAGAUCUGCUGGUUUCUUGCCCCAACGGUAUCAUUAAUCGAACAACAGCGCAAUGUCAUUGGCUUAUCCAUUCCCGUGAACGUUGGUAUGGUCAGCGGACAGUCCGAACCUGAUCAGUGGAAGGACGCCAAAGUGUGGCAGAAAUUACUGGAGGACUACAGUAUCAUGGUGACCACCCCACAAAUCCUCCUGGAUGCUUUGAGUCAUGGCUUCGUUUCUCUCGGUCAGCUCAGCUUGCUGGUAUUCGAUGAAGCUCAUCAUGCGACGUCAAAACAUCCUUACAACACCAUCAUGCGCGACUUUUACUUCAAGCUACCUGCACGCAAUGGUAGUGGUGAUACUACGAUCGGCGUUCGACCUGUGAUACUUGGUCUCACUGCUAGUCCUAUCUAUGGGGGCGACCUGAGCAAGGCAUUCCGUGAACUCGAGAGCAACUUGGAUAGUGUUAUUCUCUCAUCGAAGGUGAAUCGCGAAGAACUGGCUCAACAUGUCCAUCGGCCUAUCUUCAAGCACGUCUUAUGGAACAUUCCGGAGUACAGCUACGAUGAGAUUCCUUGGACGGGACCUUCAGCCAACGUGAUAGCCCUGAAUGCAGUCGUGAAUCAGCUGAAUAUCGACGAAGAUCCUUACGUGGUAUCCCUACGGGCUCAACUCGCAAAACUCCCAGUCGGCAACCAGCGUACUCGAGUCGACCAGAAGUUAUCCAAAACGAUCAACAAGGCAGAUACCUUCAGUCACAAGGGUCUUCGCGACUUCCUGCGCGCUGCUUGCGAUAUCUGUUGGGAGUUAGGACCAUGGGCAGCGGAUUGGUACGUGAACGCUGUGGUUAAGCAGGCUCAAAAUAUCGCCACGGUCCAAAACGUGAUCAUGUCCACCUGGCAAGAAGAAGAAAAGAAAUACUUACUGAGCGCUCUGGCACAAGUAAGCUUGGUUCCCGUCCCUACGGAUAUCCACCAGAUUCUUCCGCGCACGUCGACGAAAGUGCGGAAAUUGGUACAGUGUCUCCUGGAAGAAGAGAAUCUUGCCCGUGCCGAUAAUGACGCUUACAGUGGAAUCAUCUUCGUGACUCGUCGAGACUCCGUAUUGGCAUUAGGCCAGGUUUUAUCGAGUCUACCAGAGACUGCGGGGAUCUUCCGGAUAGGGUGCCUUCUCGGAAGCUCAGCCUCUUCGAAAAGACACUCCUUCCUGGAUAUCACUCGGGUCAUGGUUAAGGACCCGCCGGCGGAUACUCUUCGAGACUUCAGGCUUGGGGAUAAGAAUUUGAUCAUCUCUACUGCUGUUGCUGAAGAGGGGAUUGAUAUUCAAGCAUGUGGUAGUGUGAUUCGCUUCGAUCCCCCGCCGAACAUGGUUGCUUGGGCUCAAAGUAGAGGACGGGCUAGGCGCAAAAAGAGCACGUUCAUCUUAUUCGACGAUAGUCAGGGCGGGGAUGCGAAGGUCAGAAAGUGGCAGAAGACAGAGGAGGAUAUGAUGGCGAUGUAUAACGAUCCUACCAGGGUAUACCCAAAAGCUAUAGAAGAAGAGGAGGAGAUUGAGAAUGAUAUGGAGUUUCGAGUACCAUCCACCGCUGCGCUGCUCACCUUGCAUAGUGCCGUCAACCAUUUGUACCAUUUCUGUUCCAUCUUGCCAUCGAGUGGACAUGGUAAUCACCUUCCUAUCUUUGAGAUAGACCCACCCGAUUAUCCGGAAGGCUGGCAUGCCUUCGAGGUUAAGUCGUCAAUGACGGUCGGAUCCCCUGGCCCAUGGAAGGCGACCUGUAUAUUACCCCGAGUUCUACCUCCACAUCUCCGCAGCUUCACUACAGAGAAGGCCUACAGGUCGAAACUAUCUGCAAGAUGUCACGCAGCAUUCAUCGCCUACGUUACUUUAUAUCGGGAAGGUCUCUUGACGGAUAAUCUUUUGCCCUUGUGGAGUGCUCUCGAUGGAGAUGUCCACAAUGAAGUCGAGCUGUUGGUCAAAGAGGUAGAACAGCGAGCGAGUACUGCCAAUGUUCCUAUCCAAAUGGAUCCAUUUGCCGUCGUAUCCCCAGUUGUGGACAAGUGGUGGUGUUACCAGCUCAUGCUUGGGGACGAACAUGUGUUACGUAUGCUCACGCCAUUCACGUUUUCCUCAUUUGAGCCAGACGACUUUCCUCUCCUUUACGUUCCCGGCAAAAAGCCUCUCAAAGUCGGAAUGGUCUUCGACGUUACUCUCACUAUCACCAAGGAUGUCCUGGCUGCCGCGAGGGACUACACUCAUCGCAUCUUCUUUCCAGUUUAUGGUUCACGGAUGGAACAUGGUAAACAUGACUUCGUUCAUCUCUUCCUCCCUAUAUCUGUUGACGGACUUGAGUCUACCUGGGCGGAUCGCAGAGCGUGGCAAGCUAGUCGACCUACCUAUGGUCGGUACGAGAACUCGACCCAGGCGAAUGCACGUCUUCUUGGUGAGAGAAUGGGGUACUCGCUGGACCUGUCGAUCGUCAGAGAUAAUGACAAGAUUUCCAAGCUGCUCAGUUUCGUGGGGUGGCAUGACGGCCCAAUUUCUACUGAGGAAGAGGAAGAAUUGAGGGAAAGAUACGAUGGUUACCCUACCUUGGACAUCACGUUUCCGCUGAUGGUCGUGCAAUCUCUCCCUCGACGUGUCAAUUUCCUUGUUCCUCUCGAAUCCGAGACCGCUGGCUUAAGCAACGAUGCGCUGAGACUGAUAUUGCCAGAAUACGCGACCGUGGACCUCAUAUCUCGUGACGAAGCCGAGAUUGCGAUGAUCUUGCCAUCCUUCCUACGUUGGUUGUCGAAGGCUAUUACAGUUGCCUCCCUUCGCGACAAUCUCUUCACUGAACCUUCAUUGCGAUCUAUCCCGCUCAAUCUCCUUACUACCGCUGUCACCGCACCCGUGUCGCAGGAAGCAAACUAUCAGCGUUUGGAGACCUUGGGUGAUACGGUAUUGAAGUAUACUAUCAGUAUUCAGCUCUUCGCAGAACACCCUUACUGGCAUGAAGGAUACCUAAGUAGGAGGAAGGAUCACGCCGUCAACAAUAGUCAGCUGGCGAAGGAGGCGGUUGGAAAAGGACUCUAUCGAUGGAUUAUCCGCGACCGCUUCGUCCCUCGGAAGUGGAAGCCUCGCUACCUGGACGACAAACCAGCUGUUGAUGUUGGCAAACAACCUGACUCUAUCGAACCAGAUACUUCUACUGGUAACGGUUUGAUUGUCACAAUCAAUCAGAUCGCUGCUUCUCCAUCACAAGUAGAAGACAAGGACGACCCGACGGAAGAAAAUGCGGAAAGUCCUACGAAGGGGAAGAAGAAGAAAAAGCCAAAACAGGAUCUGUCUACGAAAGUCCUUGCAGAUGUGGUUGAAGCUUUGAUUGGUGCUGCAUAUGAGCAUGGAGGAUUUGAUCUGGCGAUACGAUGCAUCGAAGUAUUUGGCCUAGGCAUUCCUUCCUGGAAACCCAUAAUCUCUCGUGUCGAAGCUGCUCUUUCGCGGGUAGAGGAUGUGGAUGAUCUGCCCAGCCAGCUUUCUCUCGUUGAGCGGAUGCUCGAUUAUCGGUUUUCCCAUAAAAUGCUCCUAGUUGAGGCUCUGACGCAUUCGAGUUAUCAAGGAGAUCUCGACAACAUAUCCUAUGAGCGUCUUGAAUUCCUGGGCGAUUCCGCUCUCGACAUGGUCGUGACGGACUACCUAUAUCACGCCCCUGGGAAGAAUUACACUCCUGGACACAUGCAUCUACGAAAGGAGGCACUGGUUAACUCCCAUCUACUCGCUUUCCUGUGUAUGGACAUCUCGCUAGUCCUGGACGCUAGCAUGCCCACCUGGGAUAUGAAUGACGGUGUCACGCUGCAGAAGGAUUCCCAGACGAUUUCCCUGUAUCAGUGCAUGUUGCAUUCCAGUUCACGAGUUCUCGAUGACCACACGGUCACUUUCUCCCGCUACCAGAGGGCUGUAUCCGCGAUCAAGAAGUCACUCAAACAGGACAAAUUCUACCCUUGGGCAGCGUUGACAAGUCUGCAGGCUCCCAAGUUUAUCAGCGACAUGAUAGAGAGUCUUCUCGGUGCCAUAUUCAUUGACUGCAAGGGUGAUCUUGACACCAUACGACGCGUUCUUUCAAAACUCGGCCACCGAGCGAUUAUGGAACAUAUCGUCAAGGAUGAAGUGGACGUCUUGCACCCUGUAUCCCGCAUUGCGAUAUGGGCAGCGAAACCAGAUCCCAAGAGAAAGCUCGGUAUAAAGGUUGAGAAACAAAAGGGUGAGAUCUCUUGUGUUAUCUCUGUUGACGAAGAAGAGGUGGCUCGAGCUACGGAACGAUAUCGUGGAAAGUCUUCAACCAACCAUGUUCGUUUCGCAGCCGCAGAGGAAGCCAUUAAGAAGCUGAGAAUUAUUGAGGAAGAGGAGCCAGAGGACGUCGAUGAAGUAGGGUGGCCGGAUGAUGUACCAGCCUACGAGUGGUAAGGUUUGCUUACCUUUGCCGCGUAUAUAGAUGUGUUGUGUGCUUUCGAACUGUAGAAAAUAUGCCUAAAUGUACCGAUGAUCUUUGCUUCGUUCUACACAGUGACAAUUAUUGCCUACAGAUCUUCACGAUGAAUAAGCGAACAAAUAGCCUACCGACU